ACAGUGACAAGGUGGAACAGCACGAACUUUCUUUGCUGGAGACACGAAUAUCAAGAACUAGGUGAAACGGAUUUGGUGGUUAACGAGCAGCCUCCGGUUAACACCAUGGCAUCUGAUGACAAGAAGAGGUCGUCUCUGAAAGAGGACCUGACCUGUGCCAUCUGCUGCGACCUGUUCACGGACCCAGUGAUGCUGGCGUGCAUGCACCACUUCUGCAGAGCCUGCAUCUCCACAUAUUGGAGGGGCCUCCGCGGCCCCGCUUCCUGCCCGCAGUGCCGCCGAGAGUUCCCAAACCGGCAGUUCCAGACCAACUAUCUCGUUGCAGGAAUGGUGGAGAAGGUGAAGGCCAGCUCCAGCAAUACAUAUCAGAAGAACCUUCAGAAACAACUGAAAGAUUCCCUGGAGUCUUAUCGUUCGAAGAGAGAGGACUACCUGAACAUGAUACGGCAAGACAAAGAGAAAGUGGACACUAUAAAGAGAGUGGGCGCUGAGCUCCAGGGACGAGUGCAGAGCGAGUUCCAGGCCCUGCGGCAGAUCCUGCUGGAGGAGGAGGCCUCUGUCUUGGAUCAGCUGCAGCGGGAGCAGGAGGGGAUGCUGGAGGAGAUGGGCCGGCACCUGGAGCGGCUGCGGGGGGCCGUCAAGGAGGCUGAGGAGAGCAUGCGCGCACUGCAGCAGGCCGCCGAAUCCAUGGAGCACACCGUACUGAUGGAGCUGCCAGAGGUAAAUUUCAGACCAUCUGUUCAAGUGGAGAAGGAAGCAGAAAUUGACAUUAACGCUUUCAGCAGCAGAUACAUGGCCCCAUUGCAGUACAUCACCUGGAGGAGGAUGUUCAAGCAUCUGAAGCCAGGCCCGGCUCCCCUGACCUUUGACGUGGACACCGCGCAUCCUAGCCUGUGUCUGUCCCCUGACAAAACCACAGUGGUGGAGUGUGAGGAGAUGCUGCCGUACCGGCGGAAUGUGAAGCGCUUCGUUCAGUGCGUCAACGUGCUGGGGGCCCAAGGCUUCCAGUCAGGGCGCCACUACUGGGAGGUGGGCGUGGGCAGCAAAACCAAGUGGGACCUGGGUGUGGCCCUCGAGGCGGUGAACCGCCAGGCCAGAGUCAAGUUGAGCCCUGAGAACGGUUACUGGACCCUCCGCCUCCGAAAUGGGAACGAAUACUCUGCCGGCACCCAGCCCUGGACCCCUCUGCCCCUGGUGUCCCCUCCCCAGCGUAUCGGGGUGUUCCUGGACUGCGAAGAGCGGAGGGUGUCCUUCUACAACGCGGACAGCAUGCUGCUCCUCUACUCCUUUACGGACGGGCCGCGGGGUCGAGCCUUCCCCUUCUUCAGCACCUGCGUGAGUGAGCGGGGGCAGAAAGCUCAGCCCAUCCGGCUCCUCCACUUCCCCUUAGGGCCGAUCUAAACGCCCCCCAAGUGGUAAUUCCCAGUAUCACAGGGAAUCACUUCGGAAUGCCUUCAAGUGUACUUUCCCAGUAUUACAGGGAGUAGUUCUGUAACUCCCCCAAGUGGCAUUUCCCAAUAUUACAGGCAGUUGCUCUCAAAUGCCUCCAUGGGGCACUUGCCAGCAUCACUGGGGUAUCAAAGAAAAUUUCUGAGGGCUGUGAGCAUGCUGGUAGAUUUUUCUUCGAGGUAAUUCUUUCCACCCUGGUUUGAUUAGUUGACACCAAAAGAAUCUCUCACAUUACCUGAGGCAUUAAUAUAUUCUCCAGCUGAUAUUCAUCAUUCACAGAAAAUGUUAAAAAUGUGAAAUGAUUGGAUGAGUGUAAAUGGAUGGGUUAAUAAAAAAGCUUGUAUAAAACGUGGAUCUCCAUGGAACUGGGUUUGACACCAGGCAAAUUAACAGUUGUCUUUGCAGCGCUUAUGACUCAUAUAGCGCAGUUGUGAUAUUUAAAAACGGCAUAUACAUGUUAAUAAAUAUUGAAUGCAGGGUGAAAACAAAGUAAAUACCUACUGUAUAUUACUGUGAAUACUGUGUGGUCCUUAGCCAUUGGUGGUGGUUAAGGUGAGUUUCCUCUCUCACUGUGAAGUGUUUUUAGUGCCUUGAAAGGUACCAAAUAAUUGAGCUUAUAUGCUUAGUUGUAAUAUAUAUAGCUGAGGUUUAAUGGACGGGCACUCUAUGCCUGGGGACAAUAGAGUCACAUUGUGUGUAUGUGCUUAGCUCCUCCCGUUAUCUUCCUAUGCCUUCCAGUUGAUUGCUUAUGUAUAAUGUAGUAGCAGCAAUUCAUAGUAAUGAUUUGUUUAAUUUUCCACUGAGAAAAGCAACAAAAAUUCUCACCGAAAAUGUUUCCUACCAGACUUGUAUUUGUGCAAUAUUUGUUAAGACUACAGUGCUCAACCAAGGGUGGGUGAUGUGAGUCAUUCUGUACAUGACAACCAGCUGAAAGGCUGCAACUGAAAGAAGCAAAGUAGCUUUUCUCUGUAAUUCCCAAGGAGACUCUUAACCCUAAGUACACUAUAUGGCCACAGAAAAGGUUUUAAUUUUUAAUGUCCAUUUUUUUUGCUUGAUUCAUGGAAUUAGGGCAAUGGGAUGUGGCUCUGAGUUUUUACUUUAGUCUGAAUAUUAUGUCUUACACACAGCGUUCAAAACAAACAGUUAAAGCUUUUUGUUCACCGAAAUACUCCCAGCGAUACAAUGUAAUACAGCACUGUUGUAAGUGCCAGUUUAAAAAAUAUUGUGGUAUAUCUAAUGGGAUUUUUUUCAAAUGAAAGGGACCCAUCUGUGUGAAAGCCUGACUGCGGAAGGAAUACUGAACAGAAAUGGAAGACAUUUGUGAAUUCUGACUGUGCUACCCACUCAUUACGAUGCUGUAAGAUUAAUGCCCCCUUGCUAUUUUCCCCAUUGCCAGCAUGUCCUCCUCAUCUUAGUGUUUUAAUGGCAUUCCUAAUACAUUUUGUCAGGCAUGUCUUAUGUGAGAUAGAACACAUAGAUGUAUAGCUUUUUCAUUACACACAUUUCCAAGUGGUUAUGAAAACAGUGUUGCCAUAGACUAUCACUACCGCAUGGCGAUGAAUUUCAUGUU